AUGUUGUGGCGUAAGGAGAGAGUGGCUGAUUCUCGGUCAGAGGACGGAGACGGUUGGAUUCCCGCUGCGCCCAACCACGGCACUGCUUGGCCCACGAGCCUAGAAGUCUCGGCGCAAGUUCUGCCAAGGGAGGUACAAAGAAAUAUCCCGAGAAACAAGACUUGGGUUGCAGCAGGCAGAAAAACCCACAAUCUUACGGGAACCAUUGAACGUGAAUCACGCUGCCACGUGCAAAGCGACAAUUUCUCGGAUACACCAUGUGUCAAUGAUCAGACCCAUGGGUUAUGGGCAGGCAACCCUUGCGCCACCGGCGAGAACAAUGAGCAGUUUUCACAAGCAGUUCCAAAUGGGGAAUUUGAAUAG